UUUCAGACACUUGUUUGUACUUUCUCUUUCAACAGGAAGAAGGAGAGAGAGAGAGAGAGAGAGGAUGUGCUUUAUAAGAUCUCUUCAACAAAUAUAAUUCUCUCCUUCUUCUUUUUCUUCAUCUUCUUCUCAGUGGGUCAAAGCUCAGCACAAUAUCUGCACUCUGUUUUUUUUUAGAGGGUUUUGUUUCUUUUCUUUUCAUUUCAUUUUAAUGAAAAAACGGGUUUUUUCUAAUCUAGAGAUGAUUUAAGAGGGAAAUUAAGUUUAUCAAGAAUCUAAAAGAUUUAUUUUUGGCUUUGGAGGCUGAUGAAGCUUGGAUUUUGGAGGGUUUGGCACACGGGGGAUUCACAAGGUGUGUUCUUUUUAACUCCCCUUUUUCGUGGACGUUUCUCUAUCUCUAAUUUGUCAUUUUCAUUUUCUUCCUUUCCUGAUACUAGUUGCUUUCAAUUUAGAUUUCUCUCUCUCUCUCUCUCUCUCUCUCUCUCUCUCUCUUUUUCAUUUUGUUGUUCUUUGGUACAAAAAAUAAAGAAACAUUUGAGAAAUAAGCUAUAAGAAGUACAAGGCAGAAGAGAAAUGUGGGGAAAAGAAGACUAGUCUAUUAGAGGGGGAAAAAGAGAGAAUUAUUGUGGAAUUAUGGAGUUUUUGUCAGGUCGUUGUGCAAGAUCUUGAAAUCUAGAAGUUACUGUUGUUAUUUUAUACUGAAAAAUAAAGGUGAGUAUUUUGGAUCUUCAACUACUUCUGGUGGUUUUACAAUAAUUGAUGGUUUUUGAGGCCAUGCCAGAGUAGUCUUCUCCUGUUUUUCUGCUACUAUGAAUUCUAGAAUCUAAGGGGUUUCUAAGAUUGAGGAACUUUGACAAGAAUGUGUUGAGCAAGUGUUGACUUGGGUGCAAUGUUAAGAGCAUUAGCUCCUGGAAUAUUCUUUCUGAUAUCAUAUAUUAUGAUCUCGGUCUCUGCCCUUGACAACGAGUUUGUUAAUUGUAACUGCGAUGAUGAGGGUUUUUGGAGCAUACAUAGCAUUCUGGAGAGUCAGAGGGUCAGUGAUUUCUUGAUUGCAAUAGCGUAUUUUUCAAUACCUAUCGAACUUCUUUACUUUGUUAGCUGCUCCAACUUUCCAUUUAAAUGGGUCCUCCUUCAGUUUAUAGCUUUUAUAAUCCUUUGUGGAUUGACGCAUUUGCUCACUGGAUGGACCUAUUAUGGGCCUCACUCAUUUCAACUGAUGCUGUCUCUCACCGUUGCCAAAUUCCUUACUGCUUUGGUUUCAUGUGCAACUGCAAUAACACUUUUGACUUUGAUUCCUCUUCUUCUCAAAUGGAAAGUAAGAGAGCUUUUCUUGAAGCAAAAUGUGUUGGAAUUAGACCAAGAAGUUGGUAUCAUGAAAAAGCAGAAGGAAGCGAGUUUGCAUGUCCGAAUGCUAACCCAGGAAAUCAGGAAGUCCCUCGAUAAGCAUACCAUAUUGUAUACAACUUUGGUUGAGCUUUCUAAGACUUUGGAUUUGCAUAAUUGUGCUGUAUGGAUGCCAAAUGAGAAUAGAACAGAGAUGAAUCUCACCCAUGAGUUAAAACCAAGUUCUAAACGUUAUCACGCUUCUAUUCCUGUCAAUGACCCGGAUGUGUUAGAGAUAAAAGAUGCCAAUGGGGUAAAGAUUUUGAGGCCAGAUUCGGCACUUGGGGUGGCAAGUGGUGGUGGUACUGAAGAGGCAGGUGCUUUGGCAGCAAUUCGGAUGCCAAUGCUUCAGGUUUCAAAUUUCAAAGGUGGCACACCUGAACUAGUGGAUACUUGUUAUGCUAUACUUGUUUUGGUUCUUCCAGUUAUGAAUUAUAGGGCUUGGACCUAUGAGGAAAUGGAAAUAGUGGAAGUUGUUGCUGAUCAAGUGGCUGUGGCAUUAUCUCAUGCUUCAGUUCUUGAAGAAUCUCAGCUAAUGAGAGAGAAGCUGAGCGAGCAAAAUCGUGCUUUGCAGCAAGCUAGGAAGAAUGCUAUGAUGGCAAGUCAGGCAAGGAACUCGUUUCAGAAGGUGAUGAGUCACGGGAUGAGGAGGCCGAUGCACUCAAUUGCGGGCCUACUUUCAAUGUUCCAAGAUGAGAGCAUGAGCUUUGAACAGAGGAUUAUUAUUGAUACAUUGAUGAAAACCAGCAAUGUUGUUUCAACUUUGAUUAAUGAUGUGAUGGAGAUUUCAGCAAAAGAUAAUGGAAGGUUUUCAUUAGAAGUGAGGCCUUUCCGUUUACACUCUAUGAUCAAGGAAGCUUCUUGUCUUGCUAAGUGCUUUUGUGUGUAUAAAGGCUUUGGUUUUGAAAUUGACGUUCAGAGUUCUUUGCCUGAUUUAGCGAUAGGGGAUGAGCGGAGGGCUUUUCAAGUGAUUCUGCAUAUGGUUGGAUAUCUAUUGAAUGCCUAUGAUGGAGGUGGGACUGUCAUAUUUCGGGUUUUCUCAGAGAGUGGUAGUGAGGGCAAGAAUGAUAGAAUGUUGGGGAUGUGGAAACCAAAUGCUCCUGAGGAGUAUGUGUGCAUCAAGUUUGAGAUCGAGAUUAAGGGUGGAAGUUCUUUGUCAGAUGGAUCAGUCUCAACCACACAUUCUUCUGGAAGAAGGCAAAACGGUGAUGAAGUUAAGGAAGGCUUGAGCUUCAGCAUGUGCAAAAAGCUUGUGCAGAUGAUGCAAGGUAAUAUCUGGAUAUCUCAGAACUCUCUGGGUUUUGCACAAAGCAUGACUUUGAUUCUCAGGUUUCAAAUCCGACCUUCUUAUGGAAGAGCCAUAUUUGCCUCUGGAGCUGCCUCAGAACAACCUAAUUCCAAUUCUAUGUUCAGAGGCCUCCGGGUUAUAUUUGCUGAUGAUGAUGAUGUUAAUAGGACUGUGACCAAGAAGCUGCUUGAGAAGUUAGGUUGUGAAGUGAUUGCUGUUUCAUCUGGAUUUGAAUGCCUUAGUGCUCUUAGUUCUGCUGAAAAUUCUUUUGGAGUUGUUAUUUUGGAUCUUCAGAUGCCUGAAAUGGAUGGCUUUGAAGUGGCAAUGAGAAUCCGAAAGUUCCGAAGUCGUAAUUGGCCAUUGAUUAUAGCCUUGACUGCCAGUGCCGAGGAUAAUAUUUGGGAGAGAUGCCUACAGAUGGGAAUGAAUGGAGUGAUUCGAAAACCUGUUCUCUUACAAGGAAUGGCUGAUGAACUUCGAAGAGUUCUGCAAAGGGCAGAGAAAAGCAAAAGAAAUUUUCUGCAUUCAGAAGAAGAAAAGGUGGCCACUUUAAAAUGAUAACAUUAGAGACUGACAAGGGCAUAUGCUUGGUUCAGACUCGUAAAAAAUACCCCCAAACAGCAUCAUUAUUGUAGACAACCAAAGUGGUUCUAUGUUAGUGGUGGGAUUGGGGGUGCAUAAUGUUUGUUUCAAAAGAUACCAAGCUUUGGUGUUAAGGUGCUUGGAAGCAGUAGCAAGUAUUGUCAAGCAGAUGUAGGAUAAGUGCAAGUGACUAAAGAAAAUUUGGACAAAGCUUGGAAUUGGAGGAACGUCACUAUAAAGUUGGUCCUUUUUGUUGGUCAUGGACCCAUGCUUCCAAUAUUCUCACCCUGUACCCAUUUUUAAUCAAAGUAACUGUUAUUUUUGUGGCUUAAAUUUUGGAUAUAUUUUUUUAUGGACCUGAUUUGUGACCUGACCCGAAGUUUUUCGUGCUGCGAUCAGAUUGGGAUGAAAAGUGAGAUUUGUGGUGGUAGCAGAGGGCACAAGUCUAUAGGCUUGGGCCCGAAGUCCACCACUGAUCUCCUUGGGGUGUGGGGGCAACGCUCCCGCGGUAUAAACCAGUAUAAAUAUUGUAAUAUUUUACCCUUUGUGGUAGAGUUGUGAGAUAUUCAGAAAAUACACUGGGGUUAGGGUUUGAGAGUUCUGAUUGAUUGUAUCUUGCUCUUUUCAUCAUAGUAGAACCUUUUUCUCUUGUCUUGCCCGUGGACGUAGACCUUACGGUUGAACCACGUUAAAUUCUGUAUUAUUCUUAUUCUCUUUUCAAUACUAUGUGAUUGUGCGAUUUGUGUGUG